CGUUUGCGCAGUGGGCUUCCGUUGGACUUCAUGGAUUGUUUACCACUUCAGAAUCUUUUCCCGCUUAUCUUGUCAUUAUCCGCGAAACUGUAACAAAAAAAGAACCGUGCAGAAAACGUGUUCAAUGAGCCGGAACAAUGAUUAAGACUGAAAAGGUGUUGCAUUUGAAGAGUUCCAGAGGAAGGAAGGUCCGUGUGGUCCGGGAACAUUAUCUGAGAGAGCUUGUUCCCUGCUACAGCUCUCUCUGUCAAGCAGAAUGUGCCAACGCAGAAGGCAAGGUGCUGUCGGCAGAUGUGACCCACUACGUGGUGCCGGACGCAGGCGUGACCAGGGACUUCAUGGAGAUACUGGAGUUCAGGGAGAUCCAGGGGCUGGUGUUCACGCAGACCGCCUGUCAGGCGGUUCAACACAGCAGGGGACGCAGGCAGUACAACCGGCUGCGUAGUUUACUGAAGGACCCCCGCCAUGACUGUGUCCUGUUUGCCAACGAGUUCCAGGAGUACUCCUACUGCCCCAGAGAGAAGGGAGAACCACAGGACAAAUGGCAAACCAGGUGUGUGUACCAGGCAGCUGUUUGGUACCAUGACCACCUGGCAGGUCUGAAACCAGUUGUGAUGAUCACUGAAGACCAGGGGGCUGUGGCUGAGUACAGCAGCCUGAACUGUGGAGUCUACGUCCUCUCUACCCUGGAGUAUCUGCGGACAUUCUGGCCGGAGCUGCAGGCUGCCCACGAGCUGUACGGCUCCAUCGCCCAGGCCCUCCGCGAGCGGGGCAACGAGGGGACAGAGAGGGAGUUCGCUGAACACCUCCCUGCCGAGGUCCUGGAGGCUGGCAUCAAGUCCGGGAGAUACACACAGGGCACUCUGAAUGUUAACAAGCACAGGGCACAGCAUGAGGCCUUCGUCCGCUUCGACGGCUCCUCCAAUAAGAACUCGGAGCUGGACAGCGACGUGCUCGUGUGGGGUGGGAAGAAUCGCAACCGGGCGGUGCACGGCGACAUGGUCGCUGUGGAGCUGUUGCCGAAAGGGGAGUGGCGGGGGCGGACCACGGCUCUGACCGAGGGACAGGGGGAGGAGAAAGGAGAGGAGAGCCAGGGACAGCCCAUGCCGACAGGUCGUGUAGUGGGGAUCCUGCAGAGGAACUGGAGGGACUACGUUGUGACCUUCCCCCCCAGGGAGGAGACCCAGUCACAGGGCAGGAACUCCCUCCGUAUCCUAGCAACGCCCUGGGACCAGCGAAUCCCCAAGAUCCGCAUCAGUACCCACCAGGCUGACACCCUGCAGGAUCACCGUGUGAUAGUUCGCCUGGACUCUUGGGACAGCACCUCCCUCUACCCUAACGGACACAGUGUCCGGGUUCUGGGCCGGGCCGGGGAGCUGGAGACAGAGGUCCAGACCAUUCUCAUAGAGAACUGUAUCCACAUAGCACCUUUCUCUGAGGCUCAGCUUCGUGAGAUGCCUGCGUCGUCCCCUGAGCGGCCCUGGACCGUGGACCCAGCAGAGGUGGUCACUAGGCGGGACCUGAGAGACACCCACUUGGUGUUCAGCAUCGACCCGCGGGGCUGUGAGGACGUAGACGACACCCUGUCUGUCCGCAGCCUGCCGCCCGGCCCACAGGGCCCCCGGUUGGAGCUGGGGGUCCACAUUGCUGAUGUCACACACUUCGUUAAGGAGGGCACCCUGACAGACCUGGAGGCACGCGCAAGGGCCACUACUUAUUACCUGGCAGACCGUAGAUAUGACAUGUUGCCUGCUGUCCUUAGCGCUGACGUCUGCUCUCUGCUGGGAGGAGUUGACAGAUAUGCCAUGAGCGUGAUGUGGGACCUGGAUGCCCAGACCCUGCAGGUGAACAGGGUGUGGUACGGUCGCACUCUGAUCCGCUCCUCUUACCAGCUUUACUAUGAGCAGGCCCAGGCCCUGCUGAAUGGAGAGGAGGCAGAGGUCCCUGAAUUAGCCCAGCUACCCCCUGAGGAGAGAGACCACAAACUGUCCCAUCUCAUCGAGGCCCUGGAGACACUUACCCAGGUGGCCCGGCACCUGCGGGCCCAGAGGGACCAGGGCGGAGCGUUGGAGCUGGAGGGGGUGGAGGUGAGAGCUCAGCUGGACGAGGACAAGAACAUCACGGCCCUGGUGCCCAGACAGCCUCUGGAAGUCCAUGAGACGGUGGCCGAGUGCAUGAUCUAUGCCAACCACUGGGUGGCGCGUAAGAUCCAGGAACGCUUCCCCCAGCAGGCCCUGCUGCGUCACCACCCGCCCCCUCGACAGGAGUUCUUCACCCAGCUGCAGGACAGUGCCCGGGCCCUUGGCUUCACCAUAGACACCAGGUCGAACAAGGCCCUGGCCGACUCUCUGGACCAGGCGGUGGAUCCACAGGACCCGCUGGUGAACCGGCUGCUCCGCGUGAUGGCCACCCAGGCCAUGUCCAACGCCCUCUACUUCUCCACCGGCGCCUGCCCCGUGGACCAGUACUAUCACUAUGGUCUGGCUCUGGACCGCUACACCCACUUCACCUCCCCCAUCCGUCGCUAUGCCGACGUGAUCGUCCACCGACUACUCACUGCCGCCAUCGCCGUGGAGGAGGGGGCCAGGCCAGCCAAGGCCUCGGCCAGUAACAAAGAGCUAGAGGAGAUGGCUCAGCACAUCAACAACAAAAACAGAGCAGCGCAGCAUGCCCAGAAGGUGUCCAUGGAGCUCUUCCAAUGUCUCUACUUCCGAGACAAAGACCCAGAGACCGCUGAGUGCUGUGACGCUGUCAUCUAUGCCAUCAGAACCAAUGGCGUGCUGGUUUUCAUACCGCAGUAUGGCCUGAAGGGGGCGCUGUACCUGAGGAACAGGGAGGGCCAAGUGGUGAGAGUGAGCCAGGAUGGGAGGUGUGUCUGGGAGGCAGGUUCCCUGCAGAGAUCCCUGGACCACGUCAGCACCACCACAGCUUCUGGCACCUCCACCUUCCGCCUGUUCCAGCACGUCACUGUGCGCGUCUCAGUUCAGACAUCCCGUUGCCAUGCUGACACACUACACCUGGAGCUGGUCAGCAACAGGGCCCACCGGGCCCCGGAGCCCCCUGACCGGACCCCGCGGGCAGCCCCACCCCAGGGGACUCGGGGGCGGUCCCAGCUGGUCCAGGAGGUGGUCAGGCAGGCAGAGGAGGCCCUGCUACAGGCGGAGGAGAAGAAGGGCCGGGUCUCCGAACUGUCCAAGGAGGAGAGGGAGUUUAGACAGAGCAAGACCCCCAAUCUGUACUCUCUCCUGGAGGAGGUGAGGGAGCAGGCCCUCCUGGACCUUACAGCCUGUGGAGCAGUGGGAGGUGGACCAGAUCUGGGAACGGCCGCUCGGCCCUGCGCUACAUCGGCAUAAAUUAGGUGGAGCAGAUCUGGGAACAGCCGCUCAGCCCUGCGCUACAUCAGCAUAAAUUAGGUGGAGCGGAUCUGGGAACAGCCGCUCGGACCUGCGCUACAUCAGCAUAAAUUAGGUGGAGCGGAUCUGGGAACAGCCGCUCGGCCCGGUGCAGAACUACUUAGACGUUAAGCACAGACCCGAGAUCAGCCUGUUGCACUUAAGGGCUCAGUGGACCUCUGGACUGACUUUACAUUCUAGUUAUUUCCUUGUUUACCAAAGUCUAUUUGGGCACAUAUAUGGAUUCUGAACAGACUACAUGUUGAGGUUCAGUUGAUUGCAUGCAGUGAUGUGAUGGAACAGAUGGAUACACAACCGUUUAGGGGCAGUCUCAACAGGGUUACACACCUUAAGCAGCUAGAUUUUAAAGAGCAUUUUGCCUCAUACUGUAUUUUUCAGAGAAUAUUAUGGUGGUAUAGAUUUUCUUUGAAUUCAUUCUCAGGCUAGUGUUUUUACACAGAAUUAAAUAAUUUAGCACUGAGGACUGUCGUUGUAUAGCCUAGUAUUUUAACCUAAUUAUAUUUUUGUGAUAUUUGUGGGCAAAUGGUAUCUUAAUGAAAAACGUAUCUUUGUCUUACUGAUU